AUGCCUAACAUCUUCACUCACGAGUUUAACACCCCUACCUACAAGGGUAAGGUAUCCUUCAACACUGGCCUCUUCAUCAACGGUGAAUUCGUCGAUGGGUCAGACGGUACUACCAUCGACGUGAUAAACCCGACCGAUGGCAAAGUGAUCACAUCGAUUUCUGAAGGAACCCCAAAAGACGUCGACCUUGCAGUCGACGCCGCUGAGAAAGCUUUCGAGACUACGUGGGGUCUUAACUACCCCGGUAACAAGAGGGGAAUUCUUCUUAAUAAACUAGCGUCGCUCAUGGAGGAGCACAUCGAUGAGCUUGGUGCCCUUGAGGCAUUGGACAAUGGUGCAAGGCUUUCAACAUCGCGCGUAGGCGCAGACGUCAUCGGUGCCAUCGAUUGCAUCCGCUACUUCGCUGGCUUGGCUGAUAAGAUAUCUGGCCGAGUGAUUGAGACGACAGAGGAAAGAUUUACCUACACCCGUCAUGAACCCAUCGGAGUCAUUGGCCAAAUUAUCCCUUGGAAUUUCCCUCUCGUCAUGUUUGCAUGGAAGAUCGCACCCGCCUUUGCGACAGGCAACACCGUCGUCCUGAAGCCGUCUGAAUUCACACCACUGACUGCGAUACGUAUGUGUCACCUUGCAAAAGAGGCCGGCUUCCCACCUGGCGUGUUGAACGUCGUCACCGGAUAUGGCAACACUGUCGGCAGUGCAAUCUCGUCACAUAUGCGGAUUCUCAAGGUCGCAUUCACAGGAAGCACUGUCGUUGGGCGCAAAAUCAUGGAGGCUGCCGCCAAGAGUAAUUUGAAGAAUGUUACCCUCGAGCUUGGUGGGAAGAGUCCGAAUAUCAUCUUCAACGACGCAAAUCUUGAAGAGGCUGUCAACUGGUCUAUGUUUGGCGUUUUUUUCAACCAGGGUCAGUGCUGCAUUGCGGGCUCGCGUAUAUUUGUACAGGAAGGAAUCUACGACGAGUUCUUGAAACGUUUCACGGAAAAAUCACGUUCAAUUAAGAUUGGAGACCCCUUUGCUCCUGACACCUUCCAGGGACCGCAGAUCUCCAAGAUUCAGUACGAUCGCAUUAUGGGAUACAUCGACUCUGGAAAGAAGGACGGUGCCAAGAUCCACAUCGGCGGCGAACGCCACGGUAGCGAAGGUUAUUUCAUCCAGCCAACAAUAUUCCUCGACACCAAGCCGGAUAUGCGCAUUGUGAAAGAGGAAAUCUUCGGACCUGUCAGUAUUGUGAUCAAGUUCAAGGACGAAGAAGACGUUGUGCGUCAGGCAAAUGAUACAGUGUAUGGACUCGCCGCCGCGGUGUUCACCAAGGACGUGAAUCGGGCGAUCACGACGGCACAUAAGCUCAAGGCAGGGUCGGUCUGGGUGAAUUGCUACAGCAUAAUGAGCCCGAACGUCCCAUUCGGUGGGUUCAAGCAGAGUGGGGUUGGGCGGGAGAUGGGAGAAUAUGCAUUGAAUCACUACACCGAAGUCAAGGCAGUCCACGUGAACCUCGGCAUGAAGAUGAUGUAA